AUGCAAUGGCUGGAUCGGUCCCGAUGGACUACAGCCCCAUACUAUGCCUUUGUCGUUGUGGUUAUCGCUUGUGGAUGCAUGCCAAAAGGUUACGAUGAGGGAGGGUUUAGUGCCAGCAUAUCCUUGCCAUCAUUCCAAAAGGACUAUGAUCUCCUUUCUGCGAAUUGGGAGGGAAAUGCGUCAGGAUUAACAAACCGCAAGGCGAAUAUCUCGUCGUUUCUGACUUUGGGCGCGGCCUUUGGUGCGCUGAGCUCUCUGUACUUGAACGAUAAGCUUGGUCGUAUUCUGUCUUUCCGGUUGGCUAUUAUUGUCUGGGGAAUUGGUACUUUUAUUCAAGUCUUUUCCUCCGGUAUCUAUGGCUUGCUGCUUUUUUCCCGCAUUUUCGCUGGCCUGGGCGCCGGUCUCCUCACAGUCACAUCGCCCAUGUACCUAUCGGAAGUGGCACCAAAGGCGACUCGAGGUCUCGCUGUCGGAUUGUCCAUGGUGACAUUACUGGCAAUUCUAGCAAUUGGCUUCUUUAUUAACUAUGGCGCGAAUCUCCACAUGGCCGCCACCCGCACCCAAUACCGACUAGUCCAAGCCAUCCCUCUAAUCCCUGUCGGCAUCGUCUUCGUCCUCUCAUUCUGGUGCCCCGAAACACCCCGCUACCUCGCCUCCAAGCAACGCCACGAUGAAGCAAAGCAAGUCCUCGCCCGCCUCCGCGGCACAACCCCCGACGACGAAAGCAUCCUGGCCGAGUUCGACGAAAUCGACGCUGCAGCCAAGCAGCGCGCCGACCUCGCCUCCAUCUCCAACUGGCAAGCCCUGAAGGAAUCCCAACUAAAUCCGAACUACCGCCAGCGCUUCUGGCUCCUCAUGGCCAUGCAGACCAUCGCCCAGUGGUCCGGCGGCAACGGAAUCACCUACUACAUCUCUACCAUCUUCCAGUACGCCGGCAUCACCGGCAGCAACGCCUCGCUCAUCUCAUCCGGCGCCUACGGAAUCGUCAAGCUGGUCUUCACUAUGGCGUUCACGUGGGGCCUUAUCGAUCUCUUUGGUCGUCGUCGCUGUGCGCUGACGGGCCUCUCGCUCCAACUCGCUGCACACAUCUACAUGGGCGCUUACAUGGGCCUUCAGCCAGGCUCGGCAGAUAACACCAAUGCUUCGAACGCGGCUAUCGCGUCCGUCUUCAUCUACGCCGUUGGCUGGUCCAUCGGCCUCUGCACAAUCCCUUACCUCUACGGCGCCGAGAUUUUCCCCACCCGCAUCCGCAACGUCUGCUACGGUAUCUCAAUGGGGCUGCACUGGUUCUUCCAGUUCGCCGUUGUCCGCGUCACGCCGAAUAUGUUUGCUCUGGACGUCUGGGGCGCGUACCUGUUCUGGGCGCUAAUCUGCUUCUUCGGCUUGGUCAUUCUGGGUUUCUGGAUGCCUGAGACCAAGGGCGUUUCUAUGGAGCAGAUGGAUGAGCUUUUCGCUGGGCCGUGGUAUAUGCGCUGGAAUGCGCGUGCCAAGGAUGUGGAUUACUCGAUUUCUUCGUUUGAAGAUGUUGAGUCUCGGGAGAAUACUCAGCCCAAGGCUACUCUGUAG